AUGUCUUUCACUGAACGUCAAGAGUUGAUCCAAUCUUAUGAAAAUCAAAUUGAUGAAUACGAAAAAAAAUUUGAAGAACUGUUGACCGAGCUUUCUUGGGACUUUGAAACUCUCAAGAUUCGCAAGCAGGAAACCGAUGGGCUCAUGACAUGCCCCUUUAAUGCUGCCCACAAAGUUCCCGUUAAGUCUUACGAGCGACAUCAUAAAAGUUGUGAGUUAAAGCAAUACGGAAUAACUUCUGAACGUGGAAGGCGAAAGCAAGUGCCGAGUUCCGCUUUUUUCUAUCAAAAUUCUCCGGUCGUAUUGUCCUUGAAUAAAGAGGAAUUGCAAAAAACGGCGGCCGAUGGAUCCGCAAAUAGCAGCGUAGGUCAAGGGCUAACAGUUAGUCAGAGACUUGAAGAAUAUGAAAAGGAGAUGGCAGCUUUCAAUCGCAUUCGUAGCGAGCGUAAGCAACAGAGACGAGACGACUAUCAAAACUUUGAUGAAAUUUGGGAAGCCGUUCAGAAGAAAAAAGGAGAAAAUCAGGGAUAUAAAUCACGUGCCGAACUUCUGGCCGAACAACGUGAUUAUAAACGUCGAAGAAAGUCAUAUAGAGCAAAGAACAUAAAAAUCACACAACGCACUCCUACUCAGGUGCACCGAGAUCUUAUUGCCGCUUACAUGGAAGACUUUAAGUUGCUAAAAGAAUUUGAAAUGGAGUCCCAAUCAGGUUAUUAA